AUAAGCAUCCAGUGCUCUGAAGACACGAGUUAAAACGCCCAGAGAGUUCCACAACGUGGCGCACGAACGUGGUACCAGCAAACUACUGCGGAAUUCAUCAGCUGUACGGGAAUGUUUUCAUGUCAGCACGGCUCUAGAGAGAUCGGAGACAAACCGUUCAUCAACCUGCACGCGCCCAUCCACGCAGAAACAAACAGAGCAAGGUCUGACCGUCCGAGAGCUAGCUAGCUCGCAACAACGGAGGGAGCUGUGGUGAGCGCGGCAGCGGGAGCCCUGCAACCCGUUGUGGAGAAGCUGACCAAUCUGCUGCUUGGCGAGGACCACAAGCGUUUCGAGCCGAUGCGCGGCGAGAUCGAAUCUCUCACUCACGAGCUCAACGCCAUGAUGGCCUUUCUCAUCGAGAGAUCCAAGGUUGAGGAUCCUGAUGACGGGCAGGACAGGCUCUGGAUGAAGUAUGUGCGGGAGCUAUCCUACGACAUCGAAGACAGCCUCGACGAGUUCUUGCUGCAUGCCACCGACAGGUCUGCCGAGCCGGAAGGCUUCAUGGAGAAGGUCAGGAGCUUGGUGGAGAGGACCAAGAGUCGCCAUCAGAUAGCCAGGGAGGUUGAGGAUCUGAAGAAGAAAGGCAUCGAGGUGGCCGAAACGAACCACAGCAGCUACAGGGCCGGUGACCAGCCCGGGGUCAGCGCCACCAAUGCGUCGAUCGAUCCAAGGGCGCUUGCUAUGUUGGAGGAUGCGACGAAGCUUGGUGGCGUCGAUGGACCGAAUGGCGAGCUCGUCAGAUUGCUGGAAGAAGACGAGACCGGACAUGGCUCGGUCCAGCAGCAAGCUAGAAUUUUGAGAAGUGUCCUGUAUCAAGUGGUGAUCCCAAGAGAUUGCCAAGCCGUGAUUAAGGGGGAUCAUGUUAUCAGAGUGGCUGGGGAGGAUCAACUUAUCACAAAGAUCAGGGAAUACCUCACAGACAGAAGAUACUUCAUUGUGCUCGAUGAUAUAUGGGAUGUGAAAACAUGGAACGCCAUUAAGGAUAUCUUCCCUAUGACCAGCUACGGCAGUAAAAUCAUCACUACUACUCGUAUAAAUGAUGUGGCUUAGGAAUGUUGUCGAUCAUCCACAAAUGGACAUAUAUACAAUAUAAGCCCUCUUAGUAUGGAGCAGUCAGCACAAUUAUUCUACAGAAGAUUAUUCAACCCAGAAGAGAAAUGCCCUUCACAGCUUGAAGAAAUUUCUAGCAAAAUCUUGGAGAAAUGUGCUGGCUUACCGUUAGCGAUUAUUGCUAUAUCUGGCUUGCUGUCCAGCAAGGAAAAAACAAAGGAGCAGUGGGAUCAAGUGAAAAAUUCGAUUGGCCGUCGACUUGAAAGAAAUUCUAGUGUUGAAAUAAUAUCAGAGAUACUGUCCCUCAGUUACUCCGAUCUUCCUCUCCAUCUUAAAACUUGCCUACUGUACCUCAGUAUAUUUCCAAAAGAUUAUACCAUUGUGAAGGAGGAUUUGAUAAGGAGGUGGAUUGGUGAAGGAUUCAUCUAUGAACAGAACGGAGUUGCAGCAUACAAUUCAGGCGAGAGGUGUUUUACUGAUCUCAUCAAUAGGAGCCUGAUCCAACCAGGAGGGAAAGACAAAUUUGAUGAGGUGAAUUGCUGCCGAGUUCAUGACACAGUACUUGAUUUCAUUGUAUCCAAGGCUAUUGAAGAGAACUUUGUUACUUUAAUAGGAGUACCUGGUAUAAUUCCUAUUGCUAGAAACAAGGUCCGUCGGUUGUCUAUCCAGAAUGAUGGUCAAAUCCCAUCAGGGCUAAUUUUAUCUAGCGUCAGGUCACUUAAUGUUUUUGGCGGUAAUGUGGAAAUCCCAUCUCUGUCAGAGUUUAGACUCUUGCGUGUUGUAGCCUUUGAAGAUUGUGGGCAGUUAGAAGAUGAUCAUCUUGCAGAUGUAGGCAAUUUGUUGCACCUCAGGUAUCUGAAGCUCAACCAUACACAUGCUGUUACAAAGCUUCCAGAAGAAACAGCAAAGCUACAACACUUGAGGACACUCGACGUACAUGGGCACAACAAAAUAAUGGAAAUUCCAGCCGCCAUUUAUCAGGUUGAACGAUUGGAAUGUCUGGUAACUCUAGUUACAGACGAUUAUACUAUAUUGCCUGAUGAAAUUGCAGACAUGAAAGCACUGAGGGUGUUGGAAGGUGUUAAUGUGUAUAUUCACUCGGUCGACAUCAUUAAGCGGCUUGGUGAGCUAACAAAUCUGAGGAAGCUGGGCAUGCUAUUCGUCAACAGCGAUGCUGACGAAGAAUGGGAGGAGAAAUAUGGAGAGAUCGUCUCUUCGAUCUAUAAGCUUACCCAAGCAAACCUUGAUUCUCUGCAUAUUCAUACCGUAAAUGAGCCGCCAGAGUUGCUGGACAAUCUAAGCAAAGAACACCCUGAGCCACUUGGCCUUCGGGAACUUGUCAUUGAGGGGGAUGACGUCUCAGGCCUUGCAGCGUGGUGGGGUUUACUUGUGAACCUCCAGAAGUUACUCUUCUGUGCGUAUGAAAGAGUUCGCGAGGAAGAUGUGGAGACCCUUAGAAGGCUAUCAGAUCUGAAGUACCUCUGCAUCCAUCUCUGGGAUGCACCCGACGAUCCUGAAGUGAAGGCUCCCCUGGAGAGAGCAAUGAAGGCCCAUCCCAACCGUCCCAAAUUGGUAUGGAUAGAUGAGUACUAGACCUCAGGAUCAGGUGCAGCGGUGACUUGUACUACAGAUCUGCAACUUAAGCAGUAGGUCCAUCUGAGCCACUCAAGGGGCUGGCAACGUCUUGCGUGAGAGCCCCUAUUUCCUACCCUUUUUUCUCUUUAUUUUUGCAACCAGACGUUAAUUUGGAGUGGAAAAAGCAAAGAGCAGAGUAGGCUUGGUGAGUUCUUUCUCCCUCCCAACUAAAUAAAGCGUAGUAAAGGGCUAAAGGCAAAUAAAAAUAAAUGCUGGUGGGGGGAAAUCUGGGCAUGCAUACUGUUGUUUAGAAAACUCUUUCCUAUA